AAAACCCGUAAUGGUUAAAUAAACGAAAAAGAUUAAAGGGUGAUGAUAUGCGGUGCAUGGUGCGGUGGCGCGGUGGCGAAAUUGACAAAAACGCAGCACUCAUUUCGGGCAGCAGUCCACGUGGCCACUAGGGCGCGAAGGUCCCUGGACCGCCUCAACUAGUAAACACCCGGCCCCCAAGCUUUUUCUGUCUGUCUCUCCGGAUAUAUAUAUCUACAACAUAAAACACAAAUAUAUAUAGGUACGCUUGGCGAUCGAGUGGAGGGGCGAUGAUGGUAUAAAUGAAUGAAUGAGUGAGUGUGGUAAUUAAUAUAUGAUCUGAAUAGAUUGAUGAGAGGGAGGGGGAGAUCAGGGAGGAUGGGGAGGCAGCCGUGCUGUGAGAAAGUGGGGCUGAAGAAAGGGCCCUGGACUCCCGAGGAGGACAAGAAGCUCACCGACUUCAUCCUCGCCAACGGCCAUUGCUGCUGGCGUGCCCUCCCCAAGCUUGCUGGGCUGCUGCGGUGCGGGAAGAGCUGCAGGCUGAGAUGGACAAACUACCUGAGGCCGGACCUGAAGCGAGGGCUGCUCUCUGAGGCCGAGGAGAAGCUCGUCAUUGACCUCCAUGCCCAGAUCGGCAACAGAUGGUCCAAAAUUGCAGCUCAACUCCCGGGAAGAACAGACAAUGAAAUCAAGAACCACUGGAACACCCUGAUCAAAAAAAAGCUGAAGAAGAUGGGAAUCGACCCCGUCACCCACCAGCCCCUCCACCCGCCGCCCAAUACUAAUGAUGAUGAUAAAAACAAGGAGCUGGGUGGUGGUGGUGGUGGUGAUGGAGGGCUGUUCAGCAUCGACGAGAUAUCUCUGGUGGAGCCUGAACACGACAUCAUUCGUCCGGAGAAUAUUCCCUCGUCGUCGUCGUCGUCGUCCUCCUACUCUGUGAACUCCUCCGGGGCUGGGCUGUCCGAAUUAGAUCCUCCUCCUCAGGGCAACUCGGGGAUUCAUUUCGACUACUGCAAGGACAUGAUCAACAGAUACGACAUCUGGGAAGAUGAUUUCAGAAACACUAUUAGCUAUAACGAAUGGGGCAGUUUGUUGGAUGAUUUUGGUGCUGCAGCCCAAGGGAUCAAUUGUUAUUACUAUUGUAAUAAUGGCGAUAGUGGCGGUGGUGGUGACGACGACGACGACGAUGAUCUUACGAAUGCCGUCGAUGACAUCUGGGAUUUCGAUUAAUGCCAUGUUGAUAUAUCCCAUGCCGUACGUAAUAACGUAAUAAUGUAAUUAUCGGAGUGCUGAUGACGAUCGGUCGUUGUUUCUAUCCACUCUCCUUUUAGAGGAAUAAAAAAAUAAAAAUAAAAAACGAUGUUUGUAUUGUAUGUACAAUUUCUGGGAGUAAGGCCAUCAGCAUAAAAAAAAGCUCUCCAGUUUCUCUCAAU